UCACCUUCUGCCGCCCCAGAGAGCCGCAAACUCACCUGAAGCCGUCACCGUCCGCGCGCACAGGACGGGGAAGGUUCGAGAGGAUGAGGAGGAGAGGGGAUCAGCGAGAAGAUGGCACAACAUUAAUUGCCAUGGAAACCAACCCGGAGAACAACUAUGGCACCAUGAAUGCACCAGUUCAGCCUCAGAACAGGAACGUUUUCAGUGAUGAAUCGACUCGAGUGGACUUUGUGCUGGUGUGGGAGGAGCCACGGACCACGCAGGAGGAGAGCACAGGUGUUAGCCCCACCUACCAAAAGUGGAGGGAGGAGUUUCUGAAAAGACUGAGACACUCUGGACUUCUGCAGGAACAGAAGGAAGUCCUUCAGACAAAGAAGAAGAUCUGUUUCGUCCUCCUCAGUGCUCCGUGGAGCGUCCUCUGUUACUAUGCUGAGGAGAUCAGCCUCAGAGUCCCACUGCAGGUGGUCACUGCUCCCAUCAUUAACUGGUCUGAACAGGUACUGUCCAAGCUGUCUCUUCCCAACCUUAUGUCCCAGGAUGUCCCCAACCCUCCACCUGACUACUACACCUGUCAGUUCAGGACCAACAAGCUGGAGAGGUUCUUGGGCAGCGACAGCAAAGACACGUUCUUCAAGACGACUCAGAGACACCAAGUGCUGUAUGAGAUCUUAGCCAGGACUCCAUACGGUUCGGUGAAGAAGGGGGAGGUGGGAAUCGACCGACUGGUGAACGAGCAGGUGUUCACUGCUGCCUACCCACUCCACGAGGGAGAUUUCCAGUUGCCGACCCCCCCGGUCACUUCCGAGAGUUUAAGUCUGAGACAGACCCUGUAUGCAUACUGGGCCCAGUGGUCCUGCUGGAGACGCUACCAACCUCUAGACCACAUCAGGGAGUACUUUGGAGAGAAGACAGCACUUUAUUUUGCCUGGCUCGGCUUCUACACUGGCUGGCUGCUGCCAGCGUCUGUCGUUGGGACUGUGGUCUUCCUGAUCGGGUUUUGGCUCGUGGCCACUGAUAUUCCAGCGAAGGAGUUGUGUAACAGUGGAAGCAGCUUCCAUAUGUGUCCCCUCUGUAAUAUCUGCGAGUACUGGAACUACUCCAGUAUCUGUGUCACCUACAAGGCAGGUCUCCUGUUUGAUAAUGGAGGAACAGUUUUUCUCAGUGUCUUCAUGUCUUUGUGGGCCAUCACGUUCCUCGAGUACUGGAAGAGAACGUGUUCAUCCCUGUCUCACCGCUGGGACUGCUCCGAGUUCGAGGACAUCGAGGAGCGACCUCGUCCAGAGUUCACCGCCAUGGCACCGAUGACCAUGAAGAACCCAGUGACCGGAGCAGAGGAGCCGUACUUUCCUGAAAGGAAACGAUUCAACAGAACUCUGACUGGCUGCAUGGUCAUCAUCAUCAUGGUUGCUGUGGUGUUGAUAUUUCUCACUGCCAUCAUUUUGUAUCGCACCAUCCUCAGCAUCAUCAUCUACAAAUCCAAUAACAGCUUCUUCAGCUUCUCUGCUGGGAGAAUAGCCAGUCUUUCAGGGUCAGUGUUGAAUCUGUUGGUCAUCCUUUUGCUGUCCAGGAUUUACACUGCACUGGCCCACAUCCUCACCCGCUGGGAGAUGCAUCGCACUCAGACUAAAUAUGAAGACAUGUUCAUCCUCAAAGUUUUCAUCUUCCAGUUCAUCAACUUCUACUCGUCUCCGGUUUACAUUGCCUUCUUCAAAGGCAGCUUCAUUGGUUACCCUGGAAAUUACAACACUCUGUUUGGAGUCCGCAAUGAAGACUGUGGAGCAGGUGGAUGUCUUAUUGAUCUGGCUCAGGAACUACUGGUCAUCAUGGUGGGAAAACAGCUGAUCAACAACAUCCAGGAAUUCAUUUCCCCGAAGCUGAAGUCGUGGUGGCAGAAGUGGAAGCUGAGCCCUCAGCUUAAGGAGGCCAGACAGGAUGCCCAGAGGCAGGAGGAGGUUUCUCCCUGGGAGGCAGACUAUCAGCUGCUGGUCUGUGAGGGACUCUUUAGCGAGUACUUGGAGAUGGUGAUUCAGUUCGGUUUUAUCACCAUCUUCGUGGCAGCGUGCCCUCUCGCUCCUCUCUUCGCACUCAUUAAUAAUUGGGGGGAGGUGCGGCUGGAUGCUCAGAAGUUUGUGACUGAAUAUCGCCGCCCGGUGGCAGAGCGAGCUCAGGACAUCGGCAUCUGGUUUCCGAUCCUGCAGUUCAUCGCACAUGUGGCUGUCCUGAGCAAUGCGUUCCUCAUUGUUACGUCAUCCUUCCUGCCUCGUCUGUACUACCGUUACACCCAGAGACAGCCAACUGAGUGGCUUCAUAACUUCACUCUGGCUACAUCGCCACUCAGCUACCAGCAACAGCACAACACAUCCUGCAGGUAUCGGGGUUUCAGAGAUGAAAACGGUGAAUACCUGCCUGAGUACUUCCACCUCCUCGCUAUACGGCUCGGUUUCGUCAUUAUAUUUGAGCAUGUGGUCUUCUUCAUUGGCCGCCUCAUUGAUUUGAUGGUUCCUGACGUGUCUGAAGAGGUGGAGAUGAAGAUAAAGAGGGAGCACUACAUGGCUAAGGAGGCUCUGGCUGAGAACCAGUCUUUGGGGAAAACCAUGAUUCCUGGGAAUGAGGAUGCCCCACCCAGUGACCUGCGACAGCGGAGAUCCAGAAUCUCACCACAGCAGAGUGACCUGCCUUCAUCGAACCUGGAGGAGAUCGCAGAGGAGACUGAGGCAACAUUCAGCUCCUAAGAUGAAGCCCAAGUGGAGCUGCGCUAACUCCACAUCUGUAACAGUGAACACUUGUUUUAAACCAAUGAGACCUGCCCAUCAUACAAUAACUGACAUCCUUCAUUUUGACUGCAGCCACUUUCAAAUAGUUUGCCAUGUUUAUUGUAGCUGAAACCUUUUAGAUGAAUUUUCAUUUUUUUUAAGUUAUUUUUUAAGUGUGAAGUGUUUUUCUGUAUUAGCUGCUCAAUAGUUAGCAACCUGAUGGGAGGCAGAGAGAGAGACCAGUGUAAUGUUUCUUAUAGGUUAGCAAAUGCAACACUUGGCUAGCUGUUACACGUAAAUGUAUACAUAACCAGACACUUUAUGGUUGAUUAUGGAAAGUUAAUCCUCGAUGUUGGCAUAAAUUCCAACAUCAAAAGCUUCUCACACACUGUUGCUACAUGUAGGUAAAUGAAUGCUUAGUCAGACACGAGGCGUCACUUGCUCCUAUAAGGACUAAAAUAAAUACAGUACCUUUAAAGACAUCUGCUACACCUGAUCAAGGUUUGCAUCAGGUGUAGAAGAGGCCUUAUGUGGCAACGUGAUCUGCAAGACUUGUGUUAACUCCUUGUAUGUAAGGAUUGAAAGACUUUUAUAAGAACACAAUAAGUUCCUGUUGAUUUAUUUCUGAAAACUCUUUUGGACAUUGGCUUGACCUCUGACAGCCUGAGUUGUUCAAUCUUUUUUAAAAAGGUUCCAGAUCUUUAGAAGACCAGCAAGUGAGCAGAAAUCCCUCAUGUUCAGCUGUUUGUGAUUUUUGGUCUGAGAUGUUUGUUCUGAUGUCUUGUCUGAUUUAGCUACUAUUAUUGAAAGGUUUUAUUUUUUUUUAUAAAAAUUUAUGGCCAAAAAAAGAGAGAAAUUGUUUUGGAUUUCAGAGUUUGUUUGUUGUUCUGCUUAAAAUUGAGGACCCGUUGGCUCAUCCAUCAUCACCACCACUUGGGCUCUGCAUUCAUGUGGCGCUUCUCAUCACCGCAAUAAAAUUGCUGGAGGACACUUUGGAGAUUCUGAUGUGAUCAAACAUUUGCGGAGGACCUCAAA